AUUCCAAUAAUUUUAUGGAACAGAAGGUAGCCAAGGACACUAACUUCUUAAUUAAAAAGAUGGAAAAAUUGUGCAUUGAACAACCAAAGAAUGUUAGUAAGGAAGAGCAAGCAUCGAGAAGGGUUUGGGCUAGAAUAUCAGUGAAGACUCCUCCUGAAGACUCUAAUACUUUAUCAAGUUCAUCCUCAAAAAUUAGGCCCCAAAAAUCACUUAAAAAUAAACUACAAAACCCAGAGAAGGCUCAGAUAUUAUCUAAACUAAAGAAAAUACCUCCAAUAGUUCAUAUUAACCUCAUAGAUAGGUUUUCUUCUUUAUCACUAAAACCCUCUAUCAAACCCGCCUCAAAAGAAAGUGAUAAAUCUCAUCCUAAGGACUUAGAGCAGCUAGAAUAUCGAAAUGAGAAAGACAAAGACUUUAUCAUCUACCAGGCUCCUAAGAUUCUAAAGAAGAUGCUAUUUAAGAAAUAAGAACUGGGUCCAGUACAAAGAUGAAGAUUUCCAGAAGACCCCAUACUAUCGUCAUAUUGAGCACUACUCGAAACUAGGCAAUGGCUGUCCUACUAAUGACGAAAAUACUGUCACAGAGCUCUACAACAAGUUCAUGAAGAAGUCAGCUUUCAAGGUCAGUUUUCCAACAGAGUACGACAAAAAUUGGCUCAAGAGAUGACUGUCUAAGAAGAUCUCUGAUCAUGACCGUAGAGGCUAUGUCUAUGUGUACUAUCGUUACGAAGAUCAGAAGAAGAAAACCAACGAUAAGGUAAUGGCUUUUAAAAUUGGUCGAUCGGUAGAUGCCCCUACUAGGAUCAAGACUAGUUCCAGAAAGAACGGUGAGACUUAUACUACUGCCAUCACAGAGGUAACUAAUUACUACAAGCACUUCGAAACCAUCAUCCACGAUUACCUUGAAGAGGGUAGGAUCAUCAGGAAUGAGAUUAAGGAUGGGAAGACAGAGUGGUUUUAUCUCAAAUUUUCUAAAAUCCAAAAAGCCAUGAAGAAGUGCAGAGUUUACUUAAAGACUUGCAGGAACGAUAAGCCUAGCUAAUUACAUUGACUUUAAUAAAAUUU